UAGGCGUCAGCAGCGAGCCCAGCUGGUCUACACGCCUCUCCCGCCGCCGUGCUCUCCAGUUCAAUGGCCGCCGCUAUUGGCCUGCUAGCCGCUGGGGCCCGAGGGCCCAGCCGCCUCCUGCGCUGCGGGCGGGCUCUGCUCGCCUCCAGCACCUGCAGCCGCGGAGCGGCCGGGGCCAGGCAGCCUCAGACCGAACAGCAGCUCACCGUCUGCCGGCAGCUGGAUGGCAUCAGGACCAUUAUCUUGAAUAAUCCAAAGAGAAGAAAUGCUCUGUCAUUACGUAUGCUGAAAUCUCUCCAAAAUGACAUUCUCCAUGAAGCUGAAAGCAAAGAUCUAAGAGUCAUUAUCAUUUCAGCUGAAGGGCCUGUAUUUUCCUCUGGCCAUGAUUUAAAGGAAUUAACUGAUGAGCAAAGCCAGGAUUACCAUGCGGAAGUAUUUCAGACAUGUUCUGAGGUCAUGAUGCUAAUCCAGAAACACCCUGUCCCCAUCAUUGCCAAAGUGAAUGGUUUAGCCACUGCUGCAGGUUGUCAGCUGGUUGCAAGUUGUGACAUUGCCCUUGCAAGUGAAAAAUCUCAUUUUGCCACUCCUGGUGUGAACAUUGGACUCUUUUGCUCCACUCCAGCAGUUGCCCUGGGACGAGCAGUUCCUAAAAAGGUUGCCUUAGAAAUGCUGUUUACUGGGGAACCCAUCACAGCCCAGGAAGCAUUGCUUCAUGGGUUGCUCAGCAAAGUGGUUCCAGAAGAGAAGCUGGAGGAGGAGACCAUGAAAAUAGCCCGAAAGAUCUGUACAGCAAGCCGGUCUGUGGUGGCAAUGGGCAAGGCCACCUUCUACAGGCAGCUGACACAGGACCUGAAGAGUGCCUACCAUCUUGCCUCCCACUCCAUGGUGGACAAUUUGGCCAUUCACGAUGGGCAAGAGGGAAUCACAGCCUUUAUCCAGAAGCGCAAGCCUGUAUGGUCACACUCUUAGGCUAGAGCCAUUGGAGGUGUCAGGAAGAAAUGAAAGCAGCCUGGGAAAGCCCCAACCUCUCCAAAUGAUUAUAUAAUGAUACCUUUUGGAGGAAAAUUUUUUUCUUAUUAUCUGCAAUGUCUUAUAUGUAAGCUUAUGGGUUUGGUUUCAGGGCUGGGGCUUUAGAAGUUUCACCAUGGAGUUCUCUUUCCUUCUUCCCACCCCCACACCUGCCUCUAGUCUUCAAACACAAUGAUUCAUUGUCCUAUGAGACCAAGAACAUUGUUGAAAAAGUCGAAAUUUGAAAUUUCCAAGUUGAAAUUAGCCUGACUGCAAUUUAUCUCAUUUUAAAGAUUCCAAUUCCAUGAGAUAUGACAUGCAAAUAGAUAAUAAAAAUGAAACAUUAUUCAGAAUAGUAAAAUGUGAUGAAAGGUUAUUGAA